AUGAAUGAAAGAGAAAACCAGGGAAGUGAACUAAGCACUGAAACCAUAGAUGAAGGACUUCCCUUGACUGCAGACAUUGGAAUGAGAGGAAGCUUUACGAAACCAGAUAGACUGAAGAACGUGAGAUCAGUCAGGUCUGCAUCAGAUUCAGGUAGGAGUAAUGGAGGUGUUAGCAGAAGUCUGCCCGAAACUGAACAAGUUGAUGUGCUGGAGAUGAUCAGAACAGUGUUGGGAGCAUGA